CGUCGAAUCUUCUUACUUUGGACGAAAUGUCAUCACCUUGGGGAGAGAGCUACUAGGGUUUUUAUUUAUAUUUAGAGUUAUCUAUUUUGUAGAAUCUUCCACCGUUCACUCCUUUUUUCGUUAUUCAAUUCAGGGUUUUGAGGUGGUGAUAGUUAUGGAUCCCCGAUUCAGUGAAAUGCACAAUACUAUGAAUGGAUUCAGAUUUGAUGAUGAGACUGUCUUACCCAUUUUUGGGCAAUCUCAUGACCAGGUUACUGGAUAUAAAGAUGAUGUUUCUUUAGACCUUAAUAUUGCAGAUAUCCCUUUCCUUUCAUUUAGCCCGAGCCGUGAAAAUUUCACUCCAUCUUUGAGCGGAAGCACUGAGGUGGAAUCUCCCGACGAUCAAGAUUCUGAUCCAGUGCUAAAAUAUCUAAAUCAGAUACUUAUUGAGGAGAACAUGGAUGAUAAGCCGAGCAUGUUCCAUGAUCCACUUGCUUUACAAGCUGCCGAGAAAUCCUUAUAUGAUGUCCUUGGCCAGAAGUACCCACCUUCACCGCUUCAACAAUCUGAUUACUUUAACCACAGUUCGGGAAGCCGAGGUACCUUUUUGGGGAGUUCCGGCGAGUACACAAAUAGCAGUACUAAUGGUGCUAAUUUCAUUGAUCCACAGUGGGUUGUUGAUCCAGGUGAGUUUAAUUCAUCAGUGGAACAGAGUCAGUUGCUGGAUACUGCUUCCAAAUCAAUGAAAACUAGUUCGCAAUGGUCAUUUGGUUCCGUUAACAGCUUCAACGAUGAAAUCAACAUCCAGGUAAGCUCUUUUGAAAAUACCAGCGUAAUUCCAAAUAUAUUCAGCGAUAGCGAGUCUAUCUUGCAGUUCAAGAGAGGAAUGGAAGAAGCUAGUAAAUUCCUUCCCCCAAGUAAUCAAUUGAUUAUGGACUUGGAUAAAUACACUUUACCUCCAAAAUCAGAUGAAAUGUCUCAAAGGGUCGCGGUCAAGGUAGAAAAGGAUGAGAUAGGUAACUUAACUAAUGGCUCAAGGGGAAGGAAGCAUCACCACCCAGAGGAUGGUGAUUUGGAAAAUGUGGAGAGGAGCAGCAAGCAAUCUGCAGUUUAUGCAGAGGAUUUGGAAUUAUCUGAAAUGUUUGACAAAUUUCUCCUUUGCGAACCCAUGCAAUGUAAUGUUGAUGCUAAAUUGCCUAGCGGAGAGGAAAAGAACUUGUUGCGACCUGUACUCUCAAAUGGGUCGAAUGGCGGAAGAACUCGUGCUAGGAAGCAAGAGAGCAAUAGUGAAGCUGUGGACCUGAGGACUCUUUUGAUCAGCUGUGCACAGUCUAUUGCUGCUGAUGAUCGUAGAACGGCAUAUGAACAAUUGAAGCAGAUUAGGCAGCAUGCUUCUCCUACUGGUGAUGCAUAUCAGAGGUUGGCAUAUGUAUUUGCUUAUGGUCUUGAGGCACGCUUUUCAGGCACUGGGACCCAGAUUUAUGCAUCCCUUGCAUCCAAGAAGAUUACAGCUGUUGAGAAAUUAAAAGCUUACCAGGUUUAUCUUUUAGCCUGCCCAUUCAAGAAGAUAUCAAUUUUAUUUGCAAAUAAGAUGAUUGGGGAAGCAGCAUCAGAAGCAACAACUCUGCAUAUUGUAGAUUUUGGUAUUCUUUAUGGUUUCCAGUGGCCUAUUCUCAUUCAGCUGCUUUCAAGGAGAUCUGGUGGGCCACCCAAGCUGCGGAUCACCGGGAUCGAGUUUCCACAACCUGGUUUUCGCCCAGCUGAAAGAGUAGAAGAGACUGGGCGCCGCUUGGCGAAGUACUGUGAACGGUUUGGUGUACCAUUUGAGUAUCAAGCCAUAGCCACACAGAAUUGGGAGACUAUUAAAAUUGAGGACCUGAAGAUUACACAUGGUGAGGUGCUUGCUGUGAACUGUCUCUUUCGAUUUGGUAGAUUGCUUGAUGAGACUGUUGAAGCUGACUGUCCCAGGGAUGUAGUUCUGAACUUAAUUAGGAAAAUGAAUCCAACUAUAUUUCUGCAUGCUGUUACCAGUGGAUCAUAUAGUGCUCCAUUCUUCAUUACGCGUUUCAAGGAGGCCCUCUUUCACUACUCGGCAUUGUUUGAUAUGUUGGAUGCUACCCUACCUCGGGACAAUCCACAAAGGAUGAAUUUUGAACAAGACUUUUAUGGGCGCGAGAUAAUAAAUGUUAUUGCAUGCGAGGGGGCAGGAAGGGUCGAGAGACCCGAGACACACAAGCAGUGGCAAGUCCGCACUAUGAGAGCCGGAUUCAAACCCCUUCCUUUGAAUCGCGAGAUUAUGAAGAAAUUAAGGAAUAAAGUGAUGGCAGGUUAUCAUAAAGAUUUCCUGUUUGAUGAAGAUAGCAAUUGGAUGUUGCAGGGAUGGAAGGGCAGGAUUAUUUGUGGUAGCUCGUGCUGGGUUCCUGCAUAGGAAGCUGUCUUCAUUUUUGAACUCAAAAACUAGGGUUACAAAAAUAAUUCAGUAGCAAGACUAGAGAUAAUCUAAUGAUUUGCCUGCCUACUUUCAGAAGACACUCGUGGAGUAGAUGGAUUUGUGAGAUGCACUAAUGUAACCAGAUAAUUGAGGUACCUUGGCAGCAUUACAUUUACGCAAAUGUUGUGCUUCUGGUGAUGUAUGAAAAAUCGUGUUCAAAUGGUAUGGAUUAUGGCCCUGAACCUACUUGCAGAGCAGGAAGUUAAUAUUUCUCUUCUUGAAAAAGGUAUAAAUCUACUAUUAAUACCGGCAGCAUUUCUUGAUUAGUUGGCUUACAAAAUGCUGUGUUGUCUUAGUGCUUUGCUUUCUGAAUUCUUGAAUCGACUACGGAUGUUACUAUAGAGAUCUGUUAGAAUGUAGUUGUAAGCUUUUUCGACUAUAUACAUAAUAAUGUGAUUUUAUCUGUAUUAUUCCCUG